AUGGGACAGAGCUACACCCAGGCACCGGACAAGACGGCAACUCAGGUGGACCGACGCAGAAGCAAAACCUACCAACAGAGUUUCCUCACAGACGCCUUCUGCCAAAAAGAGCACAUCUACGGCACCACCAAGCCAAACGCGGCCCAAGCCUUCAUGAGAAGAGGGGCCCCCUGGAAACACAGAGAACUCACCGUUAUGCAACAGAGAGAGCAGGUGGAAGACGGAGAGGGCAGACGGCAGCGGGAUAUAGAAUCCACAGAGACCCCGACUUUCCUGCCUACCCAAUGCAAGGUAUGCCAGUCCAAGCUGACGCAAGGAACCAGAGAGACAAGCCUGAAGACUCAUGCUCCCCUACAAGUCGAUCUGGGCUUAGCCUGA